AUGGCGCGCCUGGGUGGGGCGCGCCGCCCAGGAGGCGGUGGAAAGGGAAAUCUUAAACAGACUGGUGGACGCUCGCGGGCAACUACUGCCCUUCAUUUCCCAGCAAAGUCGUCAAAAGAUGGAAAGAGAGGCAAACUUUUUGAGACGGAGGCGGACCAGUAUGGCCUUGACGAAGUAGAAGAGUCGUACCGCGCUCGGGAACGCCGCAAACUCGGCGGGAGCGGCUCCGCAGCGGAAGACUUCAUUCGCCUUGACGACGGAGAUGACAAUGAGAGUGAGGGCGAGCAGGAACGCCGACUCAUGGGGCUCGAGGGUGCGGAGGACGCACUAGAGGAUGAUGAAGAACUUGAAGAGGAAGAGGAAGCAGAGGAAGAAGAGGAAGAAGCAGAGGAUGAUGAAGAUGGUGCGCGAACAGCCUGGGGACGAUCGGCUAAGGCGUUUUAUGCAGAUGACGAUGAAGAGGAGGAAGACGAGUCAGCAGACGAGGAGGAGAACAUGCGCAUGCGGGAAGAAGAAGCGCGUCAGAUUGAAGAGGAAGAACAAGUUGAGGGAUUGGAUGAAGAUGAUUUCGGACUUUCCAACCUAGCGGAAGCCGCGCGAGGCCAGCGGAAGACGAAGGCGUCGGGGAGAGAAGAUGAGGACACAUCGGAAGAGGAGGAUGAUGAAUCUGGAAGUGACCAAGGUCUGUCAUUCUUGGACACGAAAAACCAGCUGCUCGUGGCAUAUUUGACGUAUCUUAGUUACUACGUUCUUCUCAAGACCCACGGCGUGGCCGUCACCGACCACCCUGUGAUUGAGAGACUGGUGGAAGUUCGCUUGCUGCUUGAGAAGCUGAAGCCAAUUGACGACAGGCUGCGCCUCCAGAUCAACCGCCUGUUGCAGCUCGCGCACGAGAAGAGCGUCAAAGACGCCGAUGCUGGUGACGAAGAAUUCGCUCCGGCUCGGCCUCGUCCCGACCUUCUCUUGGGUGUUGGCGAGGAAAGGGAUGACGCAGAUGCUUCCACGGAGGAAGAAGAACGCGAGAAGCCCAAAGGAAAGAAGGCGAGCAGAUCGAACGAAGACGAGGGCAAGCAGGUCUACAAACCCCCGAAAAUCCUUGCCAUGGAGUAUCACGCUGAAGAUCAGGUUAACAAGGUGAAGGAAAAGGCGGAACGGGAACUGCGUAGAGCCGCAGAGCGCCUGAAGCGCAGCGAGCUCGUGCGGGCAGUUCGGGAAGAAGUGGGAGAUGCUCCGGAGGAAGUCGGUAUCGAGCAGUGGAUCCAAGUCCAGCAGAGUCGCUUAGGCUCGGCGGCGUCGAUUGCCAAGCAGCGCGCCCGGGAAGCCUUUGAAGAGGAGAAUAUGGUGCGACUUUCGAUGUCGAAGAAGGACCGGAAAGAGCGGCAGAUGUCUAAGAAGCUGGAAGAGCACCAGAGGCGGAUGACCGUGGGGACGACACUGGGAGAGUUAACGGCCUUUUCUGAGUCGACUUUGGAUGCGUUGGGAGAUGAUGACGAGGACCCGACACUGGGUCGCGCCAACAAGAACAAGAAGAAGCAGACAAAUGCUCUGAAUGCUUAUCUCAAUGCCGCCAAACAGGCGUCUGAGACGGCACGGAAGGCGGAAGCGGCUCUCCAGGCCGAUCGUGCAAUUUUGUCGAGACAGGAAAAUAAAAAAACGCUGUCCUUCAACCAGCUUCUCAGCAAGCAGAAGAAGGAUAAGGGGUACGAUCCGAACUACAGAGCGGAGCGCAUGCAAAUGGCCGAGGAGGGCGAGUUGGAUGAUGCGAUGCUUUCCGGGAAAGGAAGGAAAGGAAAGAGAAAGGAAGACAGCGAUGUUGAAGCUGACUUGCCGUAUCGUGAAGAGGAUCUUGAAGCUUUUGGCGAGCUGCUUGAAACCCAGAAGAGCCGCAAAACUGCGAAGAAGAAGCAGAUGGAAGAGCGGGCUAAGGCCUUCAUCCCGAGUGUUCCUGAAGAGGUCGACGGACAAAGAGCAACGACGCGCCAGAUUUUGAAGAAUAAGGGACUGACCCGGAAGAGAAAGAAGUUCGAAGGAAACGCCCGCGUCCACAACAGAAUGAAGUUCGAAAGCAAGAUGAAGAAGCUGAAGACGAUACGACCACCAGGGCGCACGGUGGAGGGCGAUACGUAUAUGGGAGAAGAAUCAGGGAUUCGGUCAAACCUCAAGAAGUCCAGGAACUUGUCGUAA